AUGAAAGGCUCUUCCACAAUUCAAACUUCAACAAUUGUCUUCACAGCGCAGAGUAUCACAUCUGCAACUACAACCGAAACCUUUUCUACAACACCAUGUAUACCCAUAACUGAAGCUUUUCUUACAACUGCAUGUAUGCCAAUAGUUGAAGCUUCAACAGUUGUUUAUACUACGGAGGAUACUACAUCUGAAACGACAACUGCAUGCAUACCUAUAACGGAAGCUCUUCUUACAACUGCAUGUAUACCAAUAGCUGAAGCUUCAACAGCUGCUCUCAUUAUGAAGACUAGUAUAUUUGCAAUUCCAACUGAAAUUUUUGUCACAAGUCAGUCUACAACUGAAACAACAACUACACUUACAUCUAUGACUGCAUCGAUUGAAAUUGAGUCCGCCGCGGCAAGCGGAUAUACUGUUUUACUUGAAUCUACUGCUACAACUGAAUCUACAACUACAACUUCAACUACAACCACAACUCUAUCUGUAGAUCAGUCUACUGCUGCAGCUGAAUCUACAGCUUCAACUAUAACAACACCAAUCUCUGAAUCUACAGCUUCAAUUACAACAACACCGACCACUGAAUCUACACCUUCAAUUACAAUGGCACCAAUCACUGAAUCUACAGCUUCAAUUACAACAACACCGACCACUGAAUUUACAGAUUCAACUACAAUGACAUCAACCAUUCAAUCUACAGCUUCAACUAUAGCAACACCAAUCUCUGAAUCUACAGCUUCAAUUACAACAACACAGACCACUGAAUUUACAGAUUCAAUUACAGCAACACCGACCACUGAAUCUACACCUUCAAUUACAACAACACUAAUCACUGAAUCUACAGCUUCAAUUACAACAACACCGACCACUGAGUUUACGGCUUCAAUUACAACAACACCGCCCAUUGAAUUUACAGAUCCUACUACAACAACACCAAUCACUGAAUCUACAGCUUCAACUACAACAACAUCAACUAUUGUAUCUACAGCUUCAAUUACAACAACACCGACCACUGAAUCUACAGCUUCAAUUACAACGACACCGACCACUGAAUUUACAGCUUCAAUUACGACGACGCCAAUCACUGAAUCUACACCUUCAAUUACAACAACACCGACCACUGAAUCUACAGUUUCAAUUACAAUGGCAUCAAUCACUGAAUCUACAGCUUCAACUACAACAACAUCAACUAUUGUAUCUACAGCUUCAAUUAUAACAACAGCGACCACUGAAUUUACAACUUCAACUACAACAGGUAGAGCUGCAAUAACAUACGAUCAUAACAUAACAAGUGUGAAACUGAUUGACUGA